AGGCUAGCGCGGUUUGCUCACAAGGCACAACGAGCCCUCAAGCGGUCCUUGGAUUUUUCGCCCGUCAAUCACUAUCGCGACCACUUGCACCCAACAUUCGAGGGACGACUAACCCCAGCAGCACAGCAAAAUAACAAAUCUUCGCCGACCGGUUUGAGGAUUUGAGCUGCCCUUCUUUCCUUUUCUUUAAUUCCCCCCAGAAAAGACGGUUACGAUGUCGAGCUUCGAGCAAGUUGUCGUCAUCGAUGGCAAGGGCCACCUCCUUGGCCGACUCGCCUCCAUUGUCGCCAAGCAGCUCCUGAGCGGCCAGAAGAUUGUUAUUGUCCGCUGCGAGGCUCUCAACAUCUCUGGCGAGUUCUUCCGUGCGAAGCUCAAGUACCACGCCCACCUCCGAAAGAUCACCCGUUACAACCCCACCCGCGGUGGUCCCUUCCACUUCCGCGCUCCCUCCCGAAUCUUCUACAAGGCUGUCCGUGGCAUGAUCCCCCACAAGACCGCCCGUGGUGCUGCUGCUCUCGAGCGCCUCAAGGUCUUCGAAGGUGUCCCCCCUCCCUACGACAAGACCAAGAAGGUCGUCGUUCCCCAGGCUCUCCGUGUUCUCCGACUCCAGCCCGGCCGCAAGUUCUGCACUGUCGGUCGUCUGUCCAGCGAGGUUGGCUGGAAGUACGAGGACGUCGUUGCUCGAUUGGAGGAGCGAAGAAAGGCCAAGGGCGCUGCUUUCUACGAGCGCAAGAAGAUCGCUGCCCGACAACUGGCUGAUGCGAAGAAGAACGCUUCUGUCAAGGAGGAGACCGCAAAGGCCCUUGCCAACUACGGCUACUAAGCUGGCCAAAUCCCUCGACAUGGGAUCUUGCCGGUCCAGGUAAACUUGGCAACGUCUAUCAUUUCUCGUGCGUUUCAUUAGAAUGGCGCGGCGGUUCAACAAAGGGAUUUACUUGAUUUGCUGAGUGAUGGCAAGGGUGGCUCGAGGAGUAGAUGUCGAUCCCCCCCAAAAAGAAUGUUCUAAAUGAAAAAAAAAGUCCCUCCCCGAUCGUCGAACCACAUUUGCACUGCCCUCAAGAAGGAAUUAAAACACAAGAGACCGACAAUCAACAAACACCAUGAUGAUGACCGAGACUUUGUGUGUGGAGACUCUUUCGAAUCUUGGGGCUCUGUGAUGAGGCUUCGAUGAUGGGAUAAGGAUAUUCUUUCGUUGAUGGGCGUUUUAAGGGUUCUGGAAGUUGACGUCUUGCUCCCGUUGAUCAUCCAAGGACGCCAGAGUUCGGCGGACGGGUUUUAUGAGUGAUGGCGAUUUGGAGGUGAUCUUGUUGCGCUUCCCAAACGGGGACAGGGUCUCGCAUUUGCACAAUAGGAGUAGAAAAGGAAAGGCUCUUGUUUGAUCAA